AUGAAGGGCGACGACCCAGACCAGAUAGUCAUCAAGUACUACCCGAGCUCCGUCCCGAAGGAACAGCCGAUAAGCAGCGACGAUGGUGGCAGUGACGGUCUGACUACGGGCCAAAUCGCCGGCAUCGUGGCGGGAGGCGUUGGCUUGCUCAUCAUCGUUCUCGUGGCUGCCUGGAUCAUCAUUCGCCAUCUCAACAAGGUCGUCAAAGCAGUCGAGACCAGCAACAGGGGCACAUCGACAGGAACCAAGUCACGACCAUCGAUGUACCAGUUCAAGCCGACGCCAUCCGAGGUGGAUGACAUGAGCGUCGACCCCCUUAUGAUGUCCCCGCGGCCAUCCCACCGCAGACACGAUUCCGACACGACGGCCCACACUCAUGGUCUUGGAAGCCCGGAUUUUACACCGCCCUACCGAGGCACGCCUAGCACGAUCGGCGACUAUCAAGCCGUCCCCCAGGGCUCGGGAUCAGACCGGCACGCAAGUUACGACUCCACGUACAACGGGGGCUACUUCGACAUGGCGCCGGAUCGUAGUCAGCGCGUCAGCCAGGGAUCGAGUGCCUGGAUCGGCGUGCACCGCCAAAGCACGGAUUCGCAGGGCACAUACGCUCAUCUCCGCCAUUAUAGUAACGCGAGCGAGGCGAGCAGCGACGGCAUGCAGGAGCUUGACGCGACGCCUUACGUCCCUGAACUGGCGGCCACACCAGUACCGGACGGUCGUAGGCGAUCAUCCAGCGGCCUUUCGGGGAUGAGUCGGCCUCCGGCCGUACACCAGCGUCGGCGGAGUAGCGAGGGCGGCGGCAGCGGUGCAAGGAGCAGGAGUGACAGCGCAGCGGCCGGCGGCGGGCUGGGCGUCGUGAGCGAGGAUACCGAGGUCAUUGGGCACUACGGGCCUUCUGAUCGCGGGACAGGCCAGACGGACUCUGGAAGGUGA